UGUUUCUGGCUUGACAGUCAGGAGCUGAGAGGAGCUGAGAUUGCCAAACAGCGGCAGGCUGCUGCUCGCUCGGCUGUAUCACCACAGGCAGAGGCCAAUUAACUUUUUUAAAAAAAUCUUAUAUUUUGAAUCAUCUGGACUCCACAAGGACCUUUUUUUAUUAUAUCCGGCGCAGCCUCAGAGCAACUUGCCAUGAGCAUCACACGGCUGGAGACCUAAAACAGUCGGGUCUGGAAGAGGGGAAGAUGCCUCAUGGACCGCUCCAUCACCGCCAGUGCGCCACUUCAGGGCAUCCCAAACGCCGAAUAACAAAGAAAUGCCGAGGUUUAGCGUCAGAUGGAUGGUUGCGGUGCUGCUGAUUCUGGUGGUCGGCGGCGCUUUCUUCUUCUGCGAGUAUCUCAUCUACUUCCCGACCAUCCUCAAGUGCGCCUGGCCGAAGAUCAGCCAUGCACGGGGCGGAGAGGGCAUCGACGGCCGGCCGGUGGACUCAGCGGUCCGCGCUAUGGUGCUGUCGGACACCCACCUCCUCGGUGCCGUCGGGGGACACUGGUUCGACAAGCUGAGGAGGGAAUGGCAGAUGGAGAGGGCUUUCCAGACCGCUCUGUGGCUGCUCAGGCCCGAAAUAGUGUUUAUUCUCGGGGAUAUCUUCGACGAAGGCAAGUGGAGCUCGCAGAAGCACUGGGAGGACGACGUGCGCCGCUUCCACAGGAUGUUCAGACACUCCACUGACACAGAACUGGUUGUACUGGUUGGAAAUCACGACAUCGGUUUCCAUUAUGAGAUGGACUGGUUCAAGCUGCAGCGCUUCGAGAAGGUCUUCAACGCCUCCUCCACCAGGAUUGUCACCAAAAAGGGAGUCAAUUUUCUGCUGGUGAACAGCGUGGCCCUGCACGGCGACGGGUGUCCCAUCUGCCAGUCGGUGGAGAAGGAGCUGAUCAAACUCUCCAGAGACCUCAACUGUUCUCUUCAGAACUCGCAGAUGGACAGCUGUGAGGGCUCGCAUCUCUAUCCUCCCACACCCCCCAUCAUGUUACAGCACUAUCCCCUGUACAGAGUGAGCGAUGCCGGCUGCACAGGACUGGAUGCUGCACCGCCUGAAGAGCGACACCUGCUGUUCAGAGAGAAGUAUGACGUGUUGUCCAAGGAGGCCUCGCAGAGGCUGCUGCAGUGGUUUAAGCCCCGCCUCAUCCUGAGUGGACACACCCACAGCGGAUGUGAGGUUCUCCAUGACAACAAGUACCCAGAAAUCAGCGUGCCGUCCUUUAGCUGGAGGAACAGAAACAACCCCAGCUUCAUCCUGGCGUCGGUGUCACCCGGCAGUUACGCUCAGUCCAAGUGUUUCCUCCCGGAGGAGAGCACGGUGAUCAGUGUUUACUGCUCGGCCGGCGCCUGCCUGCUGCUGCUGUUCCUGGCUCACUGUCUGUGGAUGAAAGGCCUGCUGCAGUGCCUCAGCCUCUGCCUGCUGGGGAAGCACAAGUCUCUGUGAACUACAUUACCCAGAGUGCACCACGUCCCAGCACCGAUCCCAUGAAGUAGAGUUCACUGGAGUUGGUAAAUACCUGAUUUGAGGAUUUGCAAAUGUUACGUUCCUCUUCCUGAACGGGUCAAAAAUCUGUUCAUACAACGUCAUUUUUUUUCCUAAAUGUUUUGCGGCACUGUGAAGCACAUUAAUAUUUAUUAUUUAAAACUUUUAAGGACUCAAAGUUUAUCACUACUGAUGAUGAUGAUGUGUGCCAAAUUGUUGUUACAAACCACCACUGGUGUUUGUUUUACCUUCCUUGCGAGUGCCAGACAGGUGGAGCUUAUUGCAUCAUGAAAAUGACGGAUCGGGAAGUUUUCAAUCACAGAAGAGUAACCGUCACUGACUUUACAGUUUUCCUGUGACUUCCUUCUGAAUUAUUAGACACGUGUCAUUAAGUGAGUACAUAUGUAAAUACUAACUGUCCCUGGUCUGAUUUAAGGUGGUAAAGUCAGAUGGUGGUUUAUGUCUCCUCACUCUGAUUGUUGACUGUGAUCUGAUGUAAACACACUGAUCAUCUCACACUCUGAACACUGUUUAUGUUGUUGGUGUCCAAUAACCCAUCCGGGUUUCUCGUUUUUAUGAUGCAUAUCUGAAUAUAUUUAUUGCUGACUUUCUGUGCCAGAUGUUUGUGAGGGUUUUUAGCAAACUGUUAAAACGUUUCUGAUGAACUGUACAUAAUAAAUCUGAAUCUUAAGGUCUGUUUUAGAGAGUUAUGGUGUAAACUAGAGGUCGAUGUGCACUAUGACUCGGUAUAAUCGAUCACCUGAAGCCAUGUCACUUUAUGAAUGAAAUACUAAACAUCAUGGGAUGUUAAAGUCUACACCUGCAAAACCUGGACAAUGGCGGCAGAGAUGGACACGUGAAAAUGAAAUGAAUGUGAUUUUAACACAAUUAUGUGUUUGCAAUUACAAAAUCAUGUCAAAUAAAAAAAGUAGUAAAAGAAGUAUAAAUACUGGA